CUUAUCAACCUCGGCAGCCAGAUACACAUUGAAAAGUGGCUUCUGCCUCUAAAGGACUUAAAAUUUACCGGGAUGUUUGCGAUGAUGGAAUGUGGACAUGGCAGUAACGUGAGAGGCAUCCAGACUAGAGCAACAUACGAUCCAGCAUCCCAGGAAUUUAUUAUUCACAGGCCGUGUGGAGAUGUGGCGAAGAUGUACAUUGGGAAUGCAAUGAAGGGAAACUACGCUGCUGUGUUUGCGCAACUGAUUGUCAAUGGAGCAUUGCUAGGUCCUCACUGUUUUAUUGUGCCUAUUCGAGAUCAUGCAGGCAAUGUGCAUCCAGGAGUCACUGUAAUUGACAUGAUGCCCAAGGAAGGUCUGAAUGGAGUUGAUAAUGGAAUUCUUGUGUUUAAUAAUGUUCAAAUUCCAAAAGAAAAUCUCCUGGACAGAUUUGGUUCAGUAUCGCAGGAUGGCGUUUAUCAGUCACCCAUUAAAGAUAGAAGUGCUUGGUUUAAUGUGAUAUUAGCUGCCCUGACACCGACAAGGACUGCCUUAAUAUUUCAGGCACUGGGAGCCAUGAAGCUCGGAUUGACCAUCGCCAUUCGUUACAGUCACAGCUGGCGGCAGUUUGGACCCAAGGAAGAGGUGAAAAUCAUCAUGCACCAGACCCAGUACCUUUACCUUAAGCCUCACCUUGCUGCCUCACUUGCUCUGACAUUUACAAGCAGGUACCCGGGAGAGAUACUGGAUGAAGAUAUGUACCAAGGCAGGAACCUGAUCAAUAAUUGCUCAUUGCAGGCAUUGGUGGCAGGCCUGAAAGCUUACAGCACCUGGGAUCUAGCUUGUUUGCAGGAGUGUUGUGAGUGCACUGGCGGUACGGGUUAUGUGAUGGAGAAUCGGAUUCCAGGCCUAAAAUGUGACUCAGAUGUAUUUGUAACCUUUGAGGGAGACAACAUUGUCAUGCUACAGAUGCUGCCUGACCCACUGAGCUCCUCCAGCAGUUUGGUUUUUGCUCAAGGCAUUUGAAUGUUCAGUCACUUCAGAAAAGCUAUGAUGAAUUGCUGUACCAUGAGAAAUAUCUAGCAAUCCCUGUUUUGAAUAAACUCAAUGACAGAGUCUCCAGAGUAGCAAAUUCCAAAGAUUCGCCAUCCUUUGUGUGAAGAAAUUUCUCCUCAUCUCCAGAUAACCUGACCCUGACCCUGAGACUGACCACUUGUUCCAGGAUCCAGGGGAAACACCCUUCCCACAUCUAUCUUGUCGAGCCCUGUAAAUAUUUGAGGUGAUUAAGUGUAGUGGUUAGUAUAACACUAUUACAGCACCAGCGACCCAGUUUCAAUUCCGGCCACUGUCUGUAAGGAGUUUGUAUGUUCUCCCCGUGUCUGUGUGGGUUUCCUCCGGGUGCUCUGGUUUCCUCCCGCAUUCCAAAGACGUACAGGUUAGGAAGUUGUGGGCACGCUAUGUUGGAGCUGGAAGCGUGGCAACACUUGCGGGCUGCCCCCAGAACACUCUACUCAAAAGAUGCAUUUCACUGUGUUUUGAUGUACAUGUGACUAAUAAAGAAAUCAAAUCAAAUCAAACAUAGCUCCCCAUUUCUCUAUCAAUCAUGUGUCCAUCUAAGAGUCUCUUAAAUGUCCCUGAUGUCCAGGCAACAUCCUAGUAAAUCCACAUCCUUCCUAUAAUGAGGCGACUAGAACUGAACACAAUACUCCAUGCGUGGGUCUGACCAGGGUUCAAUAG